GUUGCGACGAAUGUUGGGCGCGAAGAUGGUAUGUCUGUUUGUGGCUCCACUGGAUUUUUGUGCUUCGGCGCACAAUCCGUUGGCUUUGCGCCAGUUGGUGCGCUUGGCCUUAAGCAAAUCGUUGUAAGCCUUGUCAGAGGCAUAUCUCUUUUUGUGCUUGGUGCUUUUGGCCAACAGAUCAGUGGCCUGGUCCUGGAUGGCUUGCCAUUCCGCCGGCUGGUAGCCAAGCUGGGCGCAGAGAGGGGUGCGCUGGUCUACAGAGAGGCCCACGAGCCACUUGGCCGACAGGCGUUUUUGGCCUUGGGGUUGCAGCUGGUGUUGCCCAAGUGGGCCGUCGUGCCUUUGGCCAAACAGAGUCGACAAAUCCAAGUGGUUUGCGCAAGGGGAUUCCGCCAGUCCUAUUGGACUUCUGGCGACAUCCAAGCGGCCUUCCCAACAGAUACCUAUGGCCCCAGAGGCAUUCCAUCUUCGUUGAUGACCGCAGCCAUCAACGUGGCACGAGUGCCGGGAACAAUCAACCCCAGGAUGCGCAUCCUGGGCACUUGCGCGCAGCCAAGCCGCCGCGCCAGCGGCCCCACAACCGAAGAAACAAAACAGCUUCAGCGAGCCAAGCAGAGCUUGAAAUGGAGCCUUCUCCUUCCGCACAGCAGCCUUGCAAAAGCCACCUUUGCCCGAGCCACGGGCCUUGCCAUUGCGGCGGCGCCCUCAUACUCCAG